GACACGGUCAAGUCAGGUCAGCGCUGCAAACUUGAAGAUCUCUGACACUGUCACAAAUUGUUUGUCACAGGUUGAAGACGUUGAAAUCUGAAGACGUUAUGCGGAUCUUCAGGUACACCCAACGAUCUUAUUUCGUGGUGUUGACUGUUGGGUUCCUUCUUUUGUCCGUCUACGUCCUUGAGAUGAGGAAUCCCCUGGAGGGCACGUAUAGAACAGCUGAUGAGUUAGACACGACUCGCGUUGCCGGCGGAGUGGACCAAGCUGUGAGGAUGACUGUACGGAAAGAUGCCUCUUCCGGUCCCGACAAAGCGCCUUACAUCACAACAAAUGAGAUUGGCAAAGCUUCAGCGGGAAAUGGGGAACGCACAGCAGACAAUAGUUUAAACGUAGUACGUUUACAAAAAGCCGUGCCAACAACAUCCACAGAGGCAAUCGAUCGACCGUUAUGCAAAUAUCCGGACUUACAGAUGGAAAGCUCAGAAUUCAGCCAUCUUUUUGAAAAAAUAACAAACUUGAACUGCGGGCAUGCCCCUAUCAACUACCUAACAUAUUUAGACGGGAACAUGCGGACGGAUGAAUCUCCGUGGGAUGUAGUCAAACUAAACUCCAGUGCCCUCUUACCGACACAGAAAUUACUCAACUGCACGUACAGUACUAUUAGUAGGAGAUUCGGUGAUUUCAAUAUCAGCUAUACCAUUUUGCACACAAAAGUAUUUGUAUCCAAGGAAGAAACUAUGCAAUUUCCAUUCAAAGACGAAUUCAGUAAGAUUACCUGUUUCUUAGAAGAGGACGUCUUUAACAAAAGACAACAAGAUUGGGUCAAAAUCAUCAUAGAACACAACAACAUGUUUGUGCAGGUAAUAAGGAACGAUUCCUUCGUUAAAGACAAAAAGGCGGAAAUAGAGAAAAAAGGCCGAAUGAAGAAGGCCAUUGGACAUGGUAUGAACGUGCUCAUGGUCGGGGUAGACUCGACCUCGCGGAUGAACUUCAUGCGAAAACUGCCCAAAACUUUCCAGUACUUCACAGAGACUCUGGAGGGUCACGUCCUGAAGGGUUAUCACGUGAUCGGUGACGGCACAACAGCCCAGUUCAUUGCCAUGUUGUCAGGGUUUCACGAGGAAGAGCUACCCAACGCGAAAACGGGAAUGGAAAAUGCAACGACCUGCGACGUAUUUCCGUUAGUCUGGAAAAGGUUUAGAAGGAUGGGCUACACGACCAUGUACGGAGAGGACGAACCGCAAACUGGAGCGUUCCAAUAUCGUUUAAAAGGCUUUAAAAGACAACCAACUGAUUACUACAUAAGGCCUUUCUGGGUGGCCCAAAAAGAUUUAAAGUUUAAAGAGCGGUUCUGUUUUGGAGCAACCCCUAAGCAUCACUACACACUGAAGUACGCACGCGAUUUUGUGGAAGCGUAUCAUGACAUACCCAAGUUUGCAAUUGCGUUUCACACCGAACUCAGUCACGGCAGUUUGAACAGGGUGCAAGUUGCCGACGAAGACAUUCUGACACUCAUCAAAUCAUGGAAGGACAAAGGCUACCUCAACAACACCGUUUUAAUUCUUUUUUCUGACCAUGGAGCCCGCUACGGUCGCCUUAGGCAGCUGCUUCAAGGUCGACUGGAGGAGAGGCUACCGUUCUUUGGAAUCGCUGUUCCUCCUUGGAUGAAGGAGAGUCAUCCUGAAAUCAUCCGGAACCUCAAGAUAAACGAAGAACGUCUGACGACGGCGUUCGACUUCCACAAGACGCUGCAACACGUGCUGGACUAUCCCGGCGACCCCUCCGGUUUCCAGGGACGCGGCCUCAGCCUUUUCCAGGAGAUCCCGCUGAACCGAACAUGCGAGGACGCCUCCAUUGCCGACCACUGGUGCACCUGUCUAGAGUCCGUACCAGUCAACAAACGGAACAAACUACUUCGACAAGCAGCAGGUUUUGCAGUCUCCCACAUGAAUCGUUUGACAGCAAUGCACCGAAAACUUUGUACUAAGUUGUUCCUGAAGAAUAUAUCUCACGCAGAAAUUAUCAAACCCAACCGCAAUUUACUACUAUUUGGUGGCAGUGACCCGUUGUCUCGAGAGGCAUUGUUUGAUAAUGGUAAAAACCUUACUGUCCCCUUUCUAGACUUUCGAAUCACGUUGGAAACUGGACCGAAUGGUGGAGCAUACGAGGUGUCAGUAAGGAAAUGGCUCUCUGAUGAGAAGACUGAGAUAACGGCAGACAUCAGUCGCAUCAACGCUUACGGAAACCAUCCCAGCUGCAUACAGGACAAGUUUCCUCAUCUCAGGAAAUUUUGCUUCUGCAGAGAGUUCCUGAAACCUGUAUCUCCAGAGUAAAGUAUAGAAUAGUGAACUUUUUGCAUUCUCUACAUUUCACAAAUAUAAACUUUGGCCGAUAGAAUAAUGAGAUUGCCAAUUACAGAGGUCCUUUGAUGAAGGUUACCAAAGAAGAUAUUGAAGGAAUUUGUGAUUAAUGUUUGGCCUUUUUUUUAAGAACCAGGUUUUUACUUUUUCCAAAAAAUCAAUUACUUGGGUGCAGUCCCAGAAGACGUGUAAACAUGUCUCCUCCACCAUAAGGCAAAAUGAGCAUAAUGGGCUUUUAAUAUUAACGCAUUUCCAAUAUAUAAUUACGUAUUAUCUAAAACUCAUAGAAGUAUAUACUGUUUUCCAUAGAAUAGCGGUAUCAAAGAGGUACAGCCAUGCCAUUUGUACAUUUUGCAGUAUGUCAAUCAACUUUUCAGACACAAGAAAAUGUCUGAAUAAAUCCUUUAAUAUUUCCAUCUUUUUGGUAUUGCAGUAAGUAAUUGUAGAUAUUAUUAGACACUGGACCAUACAUGUAUAUAAAACACAAUUCAUUGUGUAACAUUAUUGUACAAUCAAUAUUCAAACUAUCGUUUACAAAUAUAAGACGUC